AUGACGGAUAGUCCUGCUGAUAGUAAACCGGUUACAAUAAAACAUGAAGUUAGCGACGACGAAAAAAUGGAUUCGGAUGAAUCUGAAGAACAACAACAGCAACAAAAUCCAUCACCAAAAAAACGCAAAUACGAAUCAAGAUCCAAAUCAACAGUUUCUACCACGACAGCUACCAAACCCAAAAAAAAAGAAAAAAAGAGUGCUACAAAAAACCAGACAAAAGCUAGCACCACUACCACGUCCAAUGAAGCUCCUCCAAAGGAACGAGCAAAAUCAAAUCCUUGGACUCCGGAAGAAGAUCGUCAUCUUUUUGAGGCAGUCGCCAAAGACGUGAAUUGGGGUGAGAUUGCUAAAGAGAUUUUUCCGGAUAGGAAUCGUCAAGCGUGUCGCGCUAGAUGGUUGACUUUGAUCAAGAGAAUCGAGAGAGCCUCUACUGUUGUUGAAGGCGGAGCCAAAGAUAAAAUUAGUGAUGAAUGA